CGGAGUGUGCACGCGCCAGCAGAGCAAUCAGCCAGCUUAGAGUUAAAGAUAGAGUUAGAAAAAACCAAGUUACAUUUGCCAACUACCGCCAAAAACUUUAAGUCCCGAACGAGUUUCCCCGGUGAAUGCGAAAAUUAAUCUUUUCCAAAUUCGAAACAAAGUUGUGGCGGCGAAUGGAAAAAUCGAAACAGUAAAGAACAACAACAACAAGUUGAAAAGUGUCAAAUCAAAAUUGUUGCUUCAGCAAUCGAAAGUGAUUAAUCGAUAACGAAAUCAAAGGACUUUGGGUAUCGAAAUCAAGUAUUGAAACGCGAACAGGGAAGGAAACUGAAAGCUAAUAAGGAUAAUUAUAAAUCGAAACUGCACCGAUAAACUUAUAACGAACGAUAGCAAGGGAAACCCCUUAAACUGAAAUCGAAAUAAUUAAAGUAAUCAAAAGUGACGAAUUUCACUGAUAACCUUCAAAACAAACAAAUAAAUCUAAAAAUACACACCGCAAAGUAGCCCAAGUGAAGACACCACCAAAAUAAUAAUAAUAAAAAUAAUACAACACAAAAAUAAAAAUAAAAGAAGCGAAAGAGAGGCCCAAUUGAAUUCCAAUCAUCUCUCCCACUCUCACACCCACAACUUUUUGCUCACCUGGUCAAAAUGGAUGCGCCCAAGCAGAUGCAGGACUAUUGGCAUAUUCCCCGCGCCUCACUGGCCUCCUCCUCGAGCUCGGCCAUCAGUUCGGCCAGCUCCUCCAAGUCCUCGAACAAAUCGCACUCGAAUCCACCCACUCUGAACCAACGCAGCCUGCCCAGCAACAGCAACAUUAUCAACAACAAUAGCAGCAGCUCCUCGACAAGUGCGGCUGUGACGGCAGCAGCUGCGGCGGCAGUUCUGGCAGCUGCCAAGAGGGGAUCGAGAAGCUCGCAGGGAUCCAGCGACAGCAACAACAGCACGCGGAGCGCCGCUUCCGGCUCACUGCUGCUGACGGCAGCGAAUCUGGAACGUUUCGCGGAGAUCCACAAGAAGCAGGAGCGUCACAACAAGAUGCUGAUCCAGCCCUCUAGCAAUCCAUCGUCGUCCAAUUACAAUGCGAAUCUAGCGUUGGCUUCUAGCAAUGGCAAGGAUGCAGUGAUUACCAUCGAUGGCCAGCAGCAGCAGGUUGGCAAUGACGAGGCGGAUCCCAAUUUGCAGUACAUUAAAACCAAAGACCUGGACACCGUGUCCAUUGCCAGCUCCAUGCACUUUACAAUGGUCAACGGCGAGGGCGGUCCGCCCAAGAAACCGAAGCGUGGCCUCUGCGAUCGUGGACGCCAGGUCACCGUUUUGAUUGUCAGCAUGAGCACCAUCUUCAUGCUGCUCAUCAUGGGCAUGGUCUAUGCGCUGGAGAUGCGCGCCCGCGACAUGCCCAAGAGCUAAUGUUCAAUCGUGUCUAGCCCAAUUAGUUUAUUAUUUAUUGUAUUGUCUUUGUCACCCAAUUAUUAUUAUUAUUGUUAUCGUGUCGUCGUCUUGACGCUAGUUGUCUAAGCUAUUUAUUAAACGAUUGUGUUUGGAUUGAAGGAGUAAGGAAGGAAGAAAGGAAGGAAGGAGUAUCGAAGUCGAGUCAGUCGAAGCUGAAGGGAAAUUUUGUUAGUAUUAAGCGCCCUAUGCUACGGAGACAGAGAAACAUACGAGGAACUAGUAGAUCUGUAUCUGGGAUCGGAUGAUAGUAAAUGCUGUAUUUUCUGGUUUACCAACUAAGUUAUUUAUCCCUGUGAUAUGUUUA